UUCUCUUCCCGGCCGGAAACCGCGCCCCAGUCUCUUGCAAAAUGGCUGCAGAGGAGGUGUGCUCCGGUGGUACUGCUGCUUUUGUGACAGAGCCAGAGUUUGCCCAGCUGUUCAGGAAACUUUUGCAGAAGGAGGAGAUCCUGGAUAGGCGUUACCGUGUGCAGAAGCUUCCGGAUGGGACCAUGGCAUUGCCGGUGCUGGGCCAAGGCCUCAAGGAGCAGCAGCUACAAGAGCUGAAGGAAAAGAUCCCACCGGGAAAAACCUGCUCUCUGUCCUGGAUCCAAAAUCCCAUUCUCUCAAAAGCAGCCAAGGUCCAGUCCCCUGUCCAGAAACUGCGUGAUGAAUUGCAGCGCUUCGUAUCCACCUCUGGAGCCACUUGGUCAGAAGAGAUGGAGAGAGAUCUGCCCUCCUCCUGGCAGCGUCAUGGAGAAUUAGUUCUAUUGAGCGAAAACAGCUUUAAAGCAACACUAUGGGGAGAGCUAGGGCAGGAGCUCUGGGAAGUGGUUGCUGGUGCUCUUGGGGCUCGGCGUUUGGCAAAGCGUGGACCUGUGCGGUCCGAUGUGUUUCGAUCUCCAACAGUGACCUUGUUGCUGGGGAAGGAUGGCUGGGUUGAACAUGUGGACAAUGGAAUCAGGUACAUGUUUGAUGUGACUCAGUGCAUGCUAUCUCCAGGAAAUAUUACCGAGAAGCUAAGGAUUGCCUCUUUACAGUGUGCUGGAGAAGUAGUGGUGGAUCUCUAUGCUGGGAUUGGCUAUUUCACCUUGCCCUACCUGGUUCACGCUGGUGCUGCUUUUGUCCAUGCCUGUGAAUGGAACCCUUAUGCUGUGGAAGCUCUGAAGAAGAACUUGGAACUGAAUGGUGUACAAGAUAAAUGUCAUGUUCACCCGGGAGACAACAGGAAGCUCCAACUGAGGAACGUGGCUGACAGGGUGAAUCUGGGGCUGAUCCCCACAUCGGAGGCCGGCUGGCCAAUUGCCUGCCAGCUUUUGCGAAAGGACGUGGGAGGCAUUCUUCAUAUCCACCAGAAUGUGGAAUCUUUCCCAACAAAGGCCCUUGAACUGCCCCACAAACUGAUGCUGGAUCAUUCUGAUGAACAACUUUUGACAGAAGAAGGCAAAAUGGGUCGGGGAGACCACAGUAUUCUGCACGAUGCUGAAAGGAGGUCUCCAGCUUCGGUAGCCAAGUUUGAAUGGCAGAGGUGGGCAGAGCAUACAGCCGUCCAGAUCAGGGAUUUGCUACAGGAAUUGGAUAACAAGGACUGGAAGACAAAAAUCCUCCACAUUGAACAAGUCAAAUCUUACGCUCCUCAUGUGCAGCAUCUAGUUUUGGAUCUGGAGUGCCGACCUUUUGCUUAAUAUGUGGACUUGGAAGCAUAGCUCCGGAACAGCAUUUUCCUGUUAUGGCAGCCAACUUAAGAUGGAUCCACACUGCCCUAUAAUCCAGUUUCAGAAAGUGGAUUAACUGCCUUGAUCUGGAUUAUUGAACAGUUUAGACUCAUAUCGUCCAGUUCAAUGCAGUUAAUCCACAUUCUGAAACUGGAUUAUAAGGCAAUGUAGAUCCAGCUGGAGAAUCAUGGGGAAAAGGGGUUGUGGGUGCAGGUUCAAGACCCUUGUCAAACUGGGAUCCUCUGCACUGUUUACCGUUUGGGAUCUCAGUCCCCUGAUAGUGUCUCCUAAUUAAUUUCAAGAAUAAAUCUACAACUCUUGAUGAUGCCUCAUCAGAACUAGGACAUAGAAGUACCUUUUGGACAUUGUUUUCAAAAAAUAAUAU